AUGGUAAAACUCACUGACGAUGCCGGCGAAACGUUCACGGUCCGAUUUGGAAAUAAUUAUGCAUACACUGGACUAAGGACAAGGACACUACCUUAUUAUUACUUCCCUUGGCUUCCAGAUCUAUGGUCAGCCGGUUGUGUCCUCGCUGAACUGCUUCUUGGUCAACCCAUCUUUCCUGGUGAUAGUGGUGUUGAUCAGCUGGUUGAGAUCAUCAAGGUGCUCGGUACGCCUAACCCCUACGAGAUUCACGAAAUGAACCCAAACUACAGGGAAUUCAAAUUUCCUCGACUCAACCAGCACUCAUGGUUCAAGGUGUUCCGUCCUCGCACUCCUAAUGACGCCAUACAAUUAGUUUCUGACUUACUUGUCUAUGUGCCUUCCAGUCGAUUAAGCGCGAUCAAUGCCUGUGCGCAUGCCUUUUUUGACGAACUUCGACAAGAAGGAGUCUCAAUGCCCGAUGGAAGAAAAUUGCCUCCGCUAUUUGAUUUUACUGAGGCUGGUAAGCAGACCUGUAUCUCACUAAACUAA